AUGGCAGACUUCGUCAAGAGAGGUAGCGUGCAGCUCGUAAAACACAGCGGUGAACAAAUAAAGCAAGCUGCCAAAGAGGUUCGAGCCGCUGUGCGAGCGCGACACAUCGUUGCUGCGCUCGUUGCAGUGGGAUUCGCACUAUGUGGGGCUGUUGAAGUGAGUUCUUCAGUAGCAUUGCUCGCCAACCAGAAAGACAAUCAUGCCAUCAUCGACACGUCGUGGCACUGUGACAUGCUGGUCAAUAUUAGUAGUCGAAAUCGAACAGAAGAUUUCGAAGUCAUACUGUUAGAGUUACCACCAGAGGAACGUACAGAAUCUAUAAUGAGAGAGGCAUUUUUGUGGGGUCAAGUCGCUGGACCAAUUCUAGGAGGAUGCUUGGUAUGGGGAAGAUCUGGUCCGUCCAUGGUGUUUUCACGUGCUGUUCUUAGCGCUUGUUUAGCUUCUUUGCUGGUACCAGCUGCAUGGAGAGGUCCGUCUCAUGUAGCACUUCGUUUGUUGCAGGGAUUAUGUACAGGCGCGACCAUGCCUGCUGCUCACAUGCUUGCAAUGACCUGGUUUAAGAGCAAUCAUAGAAGCUGGUACUUCAGUUGUUACGCUGCUGUCAGUGUUGGAUACUGUCUCACGGGAUGGUUAGGUACAGCUGUUGUUCGAAGUUUUGGCCGAGAUUCUCUUUGCUAUGGUCUCGUUAUCAUUGCACUAUGUUGGUACUUCGCUUUCGGCCGAUUCGUUAAAGAUACGCCGAAGUCUUACCAGCACGACACAAAUGCAUCCGUAAUUCCAUGGGGAAAAUUGCUACGUUCGGUACCUGUUUGGGCGUCCGCAGUAGCAACUAUGGGCAAUCAAUGGGGCGACGCAACCCUUUCUCUCGGUAUGACGAAAUACCUAAAACUUAUAUAUGGAUUCUCUACAGCUAACGAUUCCGUUUUGACGACGUUACCUCACAUUGGUCACUUCAUGGCUGCGUUAACGUGCGGCCUUCUCGUAGAUCACGUUCGCGAAUCUAAGAUAGUUUCAACGACAACGGCGAGAAAGUUGGUCGUUUACACUGCUCAUUUUAUCCCGGCGGCUUUGCUUUUUGUCGCCGGUUACGCCGGUUGCCAAGCAUUAGGAGCCGCUUGGUUGGGUAUAGCCGCUCUCCUCGUUUCUGGUACAGCGCCUGCCGGUGCGUUAGCGGCGAUAGCCGACCUCGCACCUGUAGAAUCUCCAGCCUGUGCAGCGGCAGCGUGCGCCUUGUGCUCCACUCUAGGGGCAGCGGGCUUGCUGGCUGCAAACUAUUUCGUUACUCAGGCUCUUCAUGGAUCUAUCGCGGGUUCGUGGCGAUUAGUCUUCGGCGUCGCGUCCGUGGUUUUAUUAACGACCGCAGCGGUUUUCUUGGCUGUCGGUAAGGGCACUCCGCAACCGUGGAUCCCUUCUGUCGCCCGACCACGAAGUCACGACGCGAUUUACGAACAAGACGCUUCGGAACUCGAUUACGAGGACGUCGCUGUACAAACGGAACCAUUCGAUCCUUACCCGCUCGAAGAGGAUGUCGAGAGUGUGAAAAACGUUCCUCGUUCCGCCUCUGUUCACUCGAAGGUCUCGUUGACGUCCAAUUAA